AUGUAUCGCAAUGGGCCUCAGAUUCUUAAAUCUGAACGUAUUGAGCGUCUGAAGAAGCUUGGCCUCGUCGAUCAGGACGUCGUUUCCCAUCCGCUUGUGUGUGUUGGUGAGCAUGAGUCUCAGCAAUGGGAAGAUUUGCCCCAAGAAACAAGAGACAGUUCUGCCAGAGCCAUGGAAGUAUAUGCCGGCAUGGUUGAUCGGAUGGAUUGGAAUAUCGGCAGAGUUGUCGAUCAUCUCCGUAAGACGGGAGAAUAUGACAACACCAUGAUCUUGUUCAUGUCGGAUAACGGGGCCGAAGGAGCUUCGUAUGAAGCCCAGCCGAUCAUGGGAGACAAGGUGGCAGCUCACAUUGCCAAAUACUAUAACAACUCCCUCGACAAUAUCGGCCGGGGAGAUUCCUUUGUGUGGUACGGAGCGCUUUGGGCACAAGCCGCCACGGCGCCAUCGCGGCUGUUUAAAAUGCACUCGACAGAAGGGGGCUGUCGAGUCCCGCUUGUUGUCAAGCCACCAAAGGGUACGAAUGCUUCACAUGCCCGAAUUACCAAAGCAUAUUGCACCGUUAUGGAUAUUGUGCCAACGUUUCUGGAGAUGGCCGGCUUGACGCACCCAGGCACACACUACAAGGGCCGAGAGGUUGCUGGGCUGCGGGGGAAAAGCUGGCUGCCAUAUUUGCGCUCUCUGCACUCGAGAAAUGGCGACGAGACGACCCGCUGCAUGGAUGAGGAGUUUGAUAUCCACGAGGAGACCUAUGUGACGGGAUUCGAGAUUGCCGGGUCCGGAGCCUUGAGGCAAGGCCACUGGAAGCUAGUGUUUGUGCCAGCACCGCGAGGACCACAGGAAUGGGAGAUGUUCCAUAUGAAGAACGACCCUGGCGAGACCGAGAAUCUUCGUUACGCAGAACCGGACAAGUUUGCCGCGCUGAUGCGAUUAUGGGAGGCGUAUAAGGCGGAGGUAGGCUCGGUUGGCGUGGCAGGCGAGUUUCCCGAGGCGGUACAAGGCCAGCGUGCGUCGCUGAAUGAUGAGUUCGCCGACCCAUACAGCUGGAUCAAGUUCAUCGGUCGGCCGAAUCUCGUGCCAGGCCAUCUGCAGCAUAUCCGUCCGGUGAUGGACCCAACAGUAGGAAGAGAGUUGGUCACAUAG